AUGCGUGUUCAUUUUAUAGCAGUAGAUUUGGAACAAGUAACGGAAAACUCUUAUAGGAUUAUAUUGACCCAGACUUGGAAUGACAUCAGACCUGACAGGCACUCGUAUGCUAAUUUGCUGUCCAAUAGAGUAAGAUGGCUGCUAGAGGAGGAGAAGUUCACACAAAUUGAACUUGACGCCAUUCGUAACAGUUGUUAUCCGAGAGGUGCUGUUCUCGGCUUGUUUGAUGACCCACCCGAAACGACCUCAACCAACAGUCAAGAGGAAAGACCGAGAAACAGUAAGUUGGAGGGAAAAUUCAUCAAAAACCUUCUUAUGUACAGUGGAAUACCGGCUGAGAAUAGACCUAGGAUACCUAAGUUGAGAGCUUCAAGGAUUGUGAUGAAGAAAGUUGACGACCUUGAUAAGAUAUUGGACCAAAAAAUCAACCACGACCACACUAUAGAAGAAAUCGUGGAUUGUGUCUAUGCUGCUGCCCUGACAGUGUGCGGUGAGAUGGGUGUAGAUAUCCGGGAGGUGCAAAAAAACAAAAGCAGUGGACCACCACCGUGGAAACAUCGUCUGGAAGGAAAGAUAAACGAGAUGAGAAAAAAGAGUGGUAUUUUACAAACUUACCUGAACGCUGAGUCACCGUCUUUGAGGAUUUUAAAAUUAACUCACCGGAUAGCCUCGGAUGCUGGAGUCAAAGCUGGAAGGGAACAUUUCAAGCAGCAGAUGAUACUCGUUUCCGAAAAGCUGAAACAGAAAAUAAAAAUAUUAGGUAAUCGAAUAAGACGCUAUAACGAAAGGGUGAAAAGGUAUAAAAAUAACAAAUUAUACCACCAAAACCAGCAAAAAUUUUUCAGGAGCUUGGAGGACGGACCAUCUGAAGCAGGAGAACCGCCAAGGGAAGAAGCCAUGCAUUUUUUCUGGAAGGGAAUAUGGGAGGUAGAAAAAACGUAUGAUAGCCAAGCUUCAUGGAUCAAGGAGGCGGAAAAGGAAUCGUCCAGAUAUUCCAGUGAAAAUGUAGAAAUCACCGUUGAGGAUAUAAAAUCGGUACUCAGAAGAACUAACAACUGGUCGUCUCCGGGUGUGGAUGGAAUACAAAAUUACUGGUGGAAACAUUUCAUGGCUACUCACCAACAUUUAGCAAAAAUCUUCCAGCAAACCUUAAAAGAUCCUACGAAAAUACCCCAUUAUUUCACGCAAGGAAAUACUAUUAUGAUCCCAAAAGGGGAAACAACCCAAGACCCAGAAAGAUAUAGGCCAAUCACCUGCCUUCCUACGGUGUACAAAAUACUUACAGGAGUUUUAACUCGACACAUUUCGCGACACGUUAGCAAAAAUAACAUACCAUCUAAGGAACAGGGUGGAUGUCGUGGGGACACUCGAGGGUGUAAGGAGCUGCUAAUAACAGAUUAUGUCAUCGCUAAACAGGUGAAAAAGAAACAGAGGAGUAUAUCGGUUGCCUGGGUUGACUACAAAAAGGCCUUCGAUUCGGUGCCACACUCCUGGCUGAUUAAAAUUCUAGAGAUAUAUGGGGUCCCUCAGGCAAUUAUUGAUCUUCUAAAAUACCUGAUGAAAACUUGGCGCACAAAUCUGAUUGUCAACACUAAAAACGAGCACUACAAAACAGGAACAAUAAAUAUUAAAAGUGGCAUAUUUCAAGGAGACACCCUUAGCCCCCUCUGGUUCUGCCUGGCGAUGAACCUCCUCAGUCAGCUCAUUAACAGACAGAAAUAUGGAUAUAUUGUGGAAAGAUCGCGGAACAUCAAAAUAAGCCACCAAAUGUAUAUCGAUGAUCUCAAAUUAUAUGCUGCUAAUGAAGAGGAAAUGAAAAAACUUCUCAGGAUAGUUGCGUCCUUCACGAAGACUAUAGGGAUGGAAAUUGGGAUGGAUAAGUGCGCGGUGGUUCACGUAAGAAGGGGGCAAAUACGGGAAGGCGAAGGGCUGGCAGUCAUGGAGGAUUUAACAAUACCUAGGCUUAGCGCGCAAGAACAUUAUAAAUACUUAGGAAUACAACAAGCUUUGGACAUAAAGAUGCCUGAAAUGAAGAACAUCUUUCGAGAAAAAUACUUUACGAGAGUAAAAAAAAUACUGCAGUCCAAGCUGAAUGCUAAAGCGAUGUUUAUGUCAAUGAACAGGUGGGCUCUUCCGUGUUUGUCGUACUCAUUUGGUGUCAUCAAGUGGACUGCUGCAGAAUUGAAAGAGCUCGAUAUCAAAACACGAGCACUCUUAACAAGGCACGGAAUUCACCACCCACAUGCGUCAUCUAAUCGACUAUAUAUCCGAAGACAGGAAGGAGGGAGAGGUCUGCAGAACAUAGAAAAAACAUACAACGAAACAAUCGUAAGCAUGCGAGAAUAUUUUCAUGCACAAAACUCACCUCUUUUGCAGGCUAUAUGUCGGAGUGAUGAGAAUUUAAGUGCAUUAAAUCUCAGCAGCCGCGAGAGGCCGGUUGGUGGUGUAACAGAGGUGCAACUCAUUCGGGAGUGGCAUGGCAAGGCACUCCAUGGGAGGUAUCCUGGUAACCUGGAAAAAAAUAACAUCAAUAAAAAGGAAUCACUAACUUACCUUAGGGCUGGAUACCUAUACCCAGAAACGGAGGGCCGACUCAUUUCCAUCCAGGAUCAGGUGGUCCCGACGAGAUCCUAUAUAAAAAACAUAACGGGAAGGAACAUACCAACUGAUAGAUGCCGUAGAUGCUUGCAGGGGACGGAAUCUAUACAACACGUCGUGUCCUCAUGUUCCCUCUUAGCGCCAACAGACUACACAGAAAGGCAUAAUGCCAUGGCGAGGGUUUUUCAUCGUGCCAUUGCUGAAGAAACUGGAUUAAUAAAAACAGCAAAGAAGGCAUAUGAGUAUACUCCGUGCACAGUUUUGGAAAACGACACAUAUAAACUUUAUUGGGAUAUGGUCAUAACAACGGACAAACCAAUACCGCAUAAUAGACCGGAUAUAGUGCUUUUCGACAAAGGGCGAAGAUCUGCCAAAAUCAUGGAUGUCACGGUCCCAGCUGAUGAUAACAUAUCAAAAGCAUUCACGGAGAAGCUUACGAAGUAUCAAGACCUUGCCUUCGAAUUGAAGACCACUUACGAUCUCCGGUCGGUGGUGAUUCUCCCUCUCAUAAUUUCCACCAGUGGGCUGGUUGAGGCACACCUAGAGGAGUACACUCUCAUGCUGGGUCUACAAAAAGAGUUGAUAAGUACUGCACAGAAACAGGUUAUUCUUGCUACCACAAGGAUAGUGCGAAAGUUCCUUUCUACCUCCUGA